AUGUACAUGAUAACCAUGUUUGGGAAUGUGCUCAUCAUCCUGGCCGUCAGCUCAGACUCCCACCUCCACACUGCCAUGUACUUCUUCCUCUCCAUCCUGUCCUUUGUAGAUAUCUGUUUCACCUCCACCACCAUCCCCAAGACGCUGUGGAACAUCCAGACUCAGAGCAAAGUCAUAACCUAUGCAGGCUGCCUCACGCAGAUGUACUUUUUCAUACUCUUUGCUGUACUGGAUGACUUUCUCCUGGCCACGAUGGCCUAUGACUGGUUGGUAGCCCUCUCCCACCCCCUGCACUAUACAGUCAUCGUGAAUCCCCAGCUCCAUGGACUGCUGGUUCUUGUGUCUUGGAUGGUGAGUACCCUGAAUUCCCUAAUACAAAGCUUAAUGGUGUUGUGGCUGUCCUUCUGUAGAGAGGUGGAAAUCUCCCACUUUUUCUGUGAAAUUAAUCAGGUGAUCCAACUUGCCUGUUCUGACACCUUUCUUAAUGACACGGUGAUGUAUUUUGCAGCUGGAUUGUUGGGUGGUGCUUCCCUAGCUGGGAUCCUUUACUCUUACUCUAAGAUAGUUUCCUCCAUAAGUGGAGUAUCAUCAGCUCAGGGCAAGUAUAAAGCAUUUUCCACCUGUGCAUCUCACCUCUCGGUUGUCUCCUUAUUUUAUUGUACGGUCCUGGAAGCGUACCUUAGCUCUGCUGCUACCCAGAGCUCCUACUCAAAUGCCAUAGCCUUGGUGAUGUACACGGUGGUCACGCCCAUGCUGAACCCCUUCAUCUACAGAGACAUAAGAGAACAGAGACAUAAAGAGGGCUCUUAA